GUUGUCGACGUCGACGUCGCAGGUUGCGCGGAGAAGCUAACGCUUCUCGAAGGUGGCAUGAGCGCCAAGGACGACGAUAGCAUGUUCGCAGAGAUGACCACGUGGGUACCCAACUGUUCGAAGUGGUACAGGAAGCUGCCGUGCACCUGUUCGCACGUGAUGUUUGAGGACGUGCACGGCGAAUUCCUGCCUGGUUUCGGGAAGCUGUGGCACUUGCCAACGCUCCAACGCUUGCUCACGGAGCAGCGCAGAUUUUGGCAGGAUUUAUCUGGCACUGCGGAGCCCACAGCCGAGAACGCGUUUUGGCGCAACACUGCCCUCGCAGGCUUCAAGAACAGCCUCGACGUCAGUUUUUUUGUGUUCACCACCCACAGCAACCAAUUCUGGGACGCGUGCCAAAAAGUGCCAGAAUGUCGACUCUCUGCCGCUUUCACUGUCAUCGUCGGCGAACUGUUCUCCCUGAAGGCGCUGUCCAUGGGAGCCAAGGCUGGCAUCACUAAAGAUUACGAGAAGCACCUGGCAUUGUUCGAGACUGAUCGGCCCAGUUUUCCAGAGGCUUUCUUGAGAGCCCCAUGGUCUCUGCUGCUCACGCGCCCUUCGUGGGCCGCUGCCUUCGCCUGGUCGGUGGGAGAGCUGGACCACCUCCUCUCCAUGAGCACGGAUAGGGCGAGGCCCUUGCUGAGCACCUGGGACAGCACGAGUCGCACUGCCGAGGGCGUCGAGGGGUGCGCGGCCAGCGUGGGCGGCGCAGAGGGCGCUGCGGAUUCUGGCGAGAGCUGUGCGGCUCAGGACCCCAUCGUGGUGGCUGCCCUAAGUGCGGCUUUCGACGAGCACCGCCACCACCCUCUCGAGAGGAUCGUCGCCUUUGGCCGCGCACUGUCGUCAAGCCUUCCGGAGAGCGCCCCCGCGGAGGCAUGGCCCUCCGUGGAGGAGCACGCGGAGCCGCUGUCGGGCUCGUGGCUGUACCGAUUCUGCGGCCCACCCGGCACCAUCGUGCACCGGAGCGUCGGGAGCACGCAGCUGCACUUCCUGGCCGCGGACGUGGUGGAGCUCGGCGGGGAGCUGCUGCUGGAGCUGCUGUGGUUCGCGAGCUCGGACGACCGCUGCGUCAUGGUCGGCACGGGCGAGGAGGGCGCCCAUGGGGGCAAGACCUACUACUCCUGGGCCCACACGCUCCCCAUGGCGCACCUGGUGCACUGGCGCUGCGACGUGGCCUGGGCGGGCGCCGAGCCCGGCGGCCCGGGGCCCGACGCGGUGACCGUCUCCUACUCCGGCUUCGCCAGCGCCACGGCGUGCCGCCUGCCCGGCGCGCGGCCGCGGCUGCGCCGCGGCGGGCCGGCGCGCGCCGCCGACGCCCCCGGACGGCGCUGGAGGCUCGGCGCCGAGCAAAGAUCGGCUGUGCGCAAGCGGGGCCCUCCGCAUCUGCGCGGUGCCCGCGCCCCAGAAGCGCCGGCGGGUCUCGGCUUGCAGCGCGCCGCUGCACGGCAUGGAGCGCAUGCACGCGAUCGCCCCUCACUUGAUCGAGGAUUGUGCUUCUUCUUCCUCGCAUCCUCAUCGGCAUCGAUCAUUUCACCCUCUUCGACACGGACGGCUCCCUGGAGCCGUUCGUGGCGCGCUUCGUCCAGCAGGGGGCGGUGA